CGUGCAGUGAGAGAUACCUAGAGAAAUGACAUUUUGGUUUCCUUAUAAAUACCCAAACAACAUUUCAGUUAAUUCGUUGCUCCUACUAACGUCACACGGCGGCGAUGGUUUUACUCUCUGAAAUUCCCGGCGGCCCUAAUGGCGACGAUCCAAACAAUAAUCCUCAAGAAGAAGAAGAUAAUCAAAACGAGAAUCCUCAAGAAAAUCCUCAAGAAGAAGUAGAGAAUCUUCCGAUUCUUCUAGAACUUCCAGAAGAUCUCAUCGUGAGCAUCGUCGCUCUUAUCCCAAGAUGUCAUUACCCGUCGCUAUCUCUCGUCUGCAGAGCCUUUCGUCAAGUAAUCACUUCGCAUAAACUCUUCGUAACGCGCUCGCUCCUCGGCUUCACCGAACUGGCUCUUUAUGCCGUUACUCCCCCAAGCUGGUUCUUUCUUCGUCGGAGCAACAUCCCUUUACAAUUACGCAGAAUCCGUUCACUUCCUCAAACGUUUCCUGGAGCUGCUAUCGUCACAGUCGGAUACAAGAUGUAUGUAAUGGGUGGUUACAUCAGCUUUGAUGAACCUGUAUCGUCGACUGUGAUUGUCAUCGACUGCAGAUUCCAUACUUUGAACCAUCUCCCGUGUAUGCGAAGGGCUCGUUGCUGUGCAGCCGCCGGAGUAAUUGACGAAAACAUUUAUGUGAUCGGAGGCUGCAAGAAACAAGAUGCUGACUGGGUCGAAGUGUUCAAUGUGACGACUGCGACUUGGGCAACUGUGCCUAGUCAAUGCCCUAACGAUGCUAGUGAGAAUGGAGAGUUUGAUACAUAUGUGGUGAUGCAGGGGAGGAUUUUCAUUUUGGAUCUUGAGUGUUGUUUGGCUUACGAACCAGGACAAGGUUUAUGGCAGUCAUGGGGUGUUGCAAGUGAGUUGAUGAGAUUUUGGCAGUCGUCGUCUUGUGUGGUUGGAGAUUUGUUGUAUGCACUUGAUCUUACGUGUUCUCAACAUCCGAUAGUGGUAUAUUAUCCGAAUGAAUUGGUUUAACCUGUGCUGGGUGAGUAUUCUUCCCAUUUGCAUAUUCUCAGUAACUAUCGGCCCAAGAUGGCGAAUUUUGGUGGGAAGUUGGUGAUUUUGGGCAGCUAUCCUAGACGGUUUCACGGUAUUUGGUGCAUAGUGAUUGCGUUGGAAACACGUCAAGGAAAUCAGAUUUGGGGGAUGGUUGAGUCAAGCUCGCUUGUGUUUAGGGCCGAGAUAAUGAUGCCUUACAUUGAGCUUUGUCGAACUGUUAUGGUUUGAUGAUACGCUUGCAGGUGAAGGAUCUUUUUAUUACAUCUACUGUUUUAGCAGCUUGUUGAUAUGAAGCAAAAGUAGUGCAGAAGCUGUUAUAUAUCUGACACCUUAUUGAGUACUUCGUUCUUCUUAACUUUUGUCCACAAUGUGAUUACUCUGAGAUAAUUAGCCCUGUGUAGAGUUGGCCACUCUUUUAGCCUUCUAUACAAAAAUUCUUAUGAGACUUGUUGAAACGCAUCUUUAGUCUCUUGGGUCCCAACUUCUUCAUGUUUACUUUUAGAUAUAUAACUUUUGUACGUGUAAAUAGCAGCUGAGUUUACAAUAAUGAAACCUAAUCUGCUUCUACUAUAUGAGCAAUAUGAAAGAUCUUGGUUUAGAUAUAUAUGAAGCAAAACAGAGUGAUUUAGUUAACCGGUGGUUUUGACUUUUGACUCUAUAGGUAAACUAUAAUAUCAAAGUGAAAACAAAUAACUAUAUGGGUUUCGUUCUAUCAUAAAACUGAGAGGUAUUACUCUAUUAGCUUGGUAACUAAUGAAUGACAAUCUCCACACACCCUUAGAUUCUUGAUAACCUGAAUCACCUUUGGAGUUUCUGUUGAUAUCAGUCCACAAGAUUAAGAGACUGUGCCUUCAUUUCUUCUUCAUCGAGGAUCUCCAGAACUUUUAACCAUUCUUUUUCGAUCUCUCCAUAUAAUCGAAUAAAGUAAAACAGAGAAAGACAUUGAGAUUACCGGAAUCUGCGGACUUCAGAAUCCUUUUAAUCAGUGUCCCAGUCAAGACGACGAACAAAGAAAUUGAAUUCAACAUUUGUGUACGCUAUUUGAAAGACAAACGAGGGUUUCUAAGUAGAGAGCACAAAGAGACUUG